UGCCCUCCACCAUACUACCCUAUACUAUAGGACACAGAGUUGUUAUUUAGGCUCAGUGUCACUACUCUAUAUUUAGCUUCUAUAUUAAAGAUUCAGACUUUGGUAAUCAAUACCUUUUCAAAACCACACAUUAGCUGAUAAUGGUGAACAAGUUACACUGUUUGUUUAUGCAAUUCAGUGUCGUAUUUACUGUUUGUAGGCGAAAUGUACAGUCGUGGCCAAUAGUUUUGAGAAUGACACAAAUAUAAAUUUUCACAAAGUCUGCAGCCUCAGUGUCUUUAGAUAUUUUUGUCAGAUGUUACUAUGGAAUACUGAAGUAUAAUUACAAGCAUUUCGUAAGUGUCAAAGGCUUUUAUUGACAAUUACAUGAAGUUGAUGCAGAGUAUCAAUAUUUGCAGUGUUGACCCUUCUUUUUCAAGACCUCUGCAAUCUGCCCUGGCAUGCUAUCAAUUAACUUCUGGGUCACAUCCGGACUGAUGGCAGCCCAUUCUGGCAUAAUCAAUGCUUGGAGUUUGUCGGAAUUUGUGGGGUUUUGUUUGCCUCUUGAGGUUUGACCACAAGUUCUCAAUGGGAUUAAGGUCUGGGGAGUUUCCUGGCCAUGGACCCAAAAUAUCAAUGUUUUGUUCCCCGAGCCACUUAGUUAUCACUUUUGCCUAACGGCAAGGUGCUCCAUCAUGCUGGAAAAGGCAUUGUUUGUCACCAAACUGUUCCUGGGUGGUUGGGAGAAGUUGCUCUCGGAGGAUGUGUUGGUACCAUUCUUUAUUCAUGGCUGUGUUCUUAGGCAAAAUUGUGAGUGAGCCCACUCCCUUGGCUGAGAAGCAACCCCACACAUGAAUGGUCUCAUGAUGGUUUACUGUUGGCAUGACACAGGACUGAUGGUAGCGCUCACCUUGUCUUCUCCGGACAAGCUUUUUUCCGGAUGCCCCAAACAAUCGGAAAGGGGAUUCAUCAGAGAAAAUGACUUUACCCCAGUCCUGAGCAGUCCAAUCCCUGUACCUUCUGCAGAAUAUCAGUCUGUCCCUGAUGUUUUUCCUGGAGAGAAGUGGCUUCUUUGCUGCCCUUCUUGACACCAGGCCAUCCUCCAAAAGUCUUCACCUGGUGCAGAUGCACUCACACCUGCCUGCUGCCAUUCCUGAGCAAGCUCUGUUCUGGUGGGGCCCCGAUCCCGCAGCUGAAUCAACUUUAGGAGACGGUCCUGGCGCUUGCUGGACUUUCUUGGGCGCCCUGAAGCCUUCUUCACAACAAUUGAACCGCUCUCCUUGAAGUACUUGAUGAUCCAAUAAAUGGUUGAUUUUGUUGCAAUCUUACUGGCAGCAAUAUCCUUGCCUGUGAAGCCCUUUUUGUGCAAAGCAAUGAUGACUGCACGUGUUUCCUUGCAGGUAACCAUGGUUGACAGAGGAAGAACAAUGAUUCCAAGCACCACCCUCCUUUUGAAGCUUCCAGUCUGUUAUUCGAACUCAAAUCAGCAUGACAGAGUGAUCUCCAGUCUUGUCCUCGUCAACACUCACACCUGUGUUAACGAGAGAAUCACUGACAUGAUGUCAGCUGGUCCUGUUGUGGCAGGGAUGAAAUGCAGUGGAAAUAUUUUUGGGGGGAUUCAGUUCAUUUGCAUGGUAAAGAUGGACUUUGCAAUUAAUUACAAUUCAUCUGAUCACUCUUCAUAACAUUCUGGAGUAUAUGCAAAUUGCCAUCAUACAAACUGAGGCAGCAGACUUUGUGAAAAUUAAUAUUUGUGCCAUUCUCAAAACUUUUGGCCACGACUGUAGCUAAAAUGUUGCUCACCACCACUCCGAGGGUUAAGGGACCGUCUUAAAACUGAGGGUUAAGGGACCGUCUUAAAACUGCAAUGCCUAUUAUUGCAUGACAUAGAGAUCUCGAACCAAUUUGACUUUGUUGAGUGACCUCUUCUCUUCAAUAGCUUCCAACCCAUACGACUUUCAUGAAUACAACCAACUGUUAUUGGUUCAGGGAUCUCGCCUGUCCAAUCCAAAGCAACAAAUAAAUAAAUAAUAAACGUAUCUAAUUAUUAUGAAUUUGAAUUUAAAACGUCAAUAUCUCCAACCCGAUAUGACUUGCAUGCAUACGGCCAACUGUUAUUGGUUCAGGGACUUCUUCUCUCCUACCCAUGGGAAUUUACUUCAGAACUUUUUGACUUUGUUCUAUGCCAUUUUGUUCAGAAUCAGAAUCACCUUCAUUCUGGCAGGUACAUUUGCACAAACUCAGAAUGUUACUUGGUGAAAGGGUUCUGCUUGUGAUAGACAUCUUUGCAGGGUGACGUUUAUUUGGGAAGAGCCUUGUCCUGGAGGUAGAACUGAGCGAUUUCCGCACCAGUAGAUGUGGCAGCUGCAAAGUUAAGUUUCAGUCUCAAUUUAAGGUUAGGGUUAGAAAUUAUGUUUAGCAGUGUGGAUAUUAAGGUUAGGUAUCAAAUCAGAUUGGAUGACUUUGUGUGCCAGCUGCAAAGUUAAAAUUGGCUAUAUUGUAAAAAUGUAUGCUUUUUAGUCUCAAUUUAAGGUUAGGGUUAGGAAUUAGAUUUAGCAGUGUGGUUAAAGUUAGGUAUCAAAUCAGAUUUGAUGUGUGCCAGCUAGUGAACCCUCUGCCGAGCUGCCGAGCUGCCUCCAGAACAAUAUAUAAAUAUCUACAUGCAGAGGUAGGGCUGCUCCGUAACGUAGUGCAAUGAUAGGGGCCUAUGGACAGUGUGUAAUACAGUGCUGUGUUCAGAUGAACCAAGUGCAGAUAUUAUAUGUGGUUUGAUACAGUGUGCAGCAUAGAGUACAUAGUGUCCUUUAGUCUCUGUGGAUCAGGUGGAGGCUGGUGAGGGCCACAGCACGGGGAGAGAAACUGUUCAGGUGGAUGGUGGUGAGGGCCACAGCACGGGGAGAGAAACUGUUCAGGUGGAGGCUGGUGAGGGCCACAACACGGGGAGAGAAACUGUUCAGGUGGAGGCUGGUGAGGGCCACAGCACGGGGAGAGAAACUGUUCAGGUGGAGGGUGGUGAGGGCCACAACACGGGGAGAGAAACUGUUCAGGUGGAGGCUGGUGAGGGCCACAACACGGGGAGAGAAGCUGUUCAGGUGGAGGGUGGUGAGGGCCACAGCACGGGGAGAGAAACUGUUCAGGUGGAGGCUGGUGAGGGCCACAGCACGGGGAGAGAAACUGUUCAGGUGGAGGCUGGUGAGGGCCACAGCACGGGGAGAGAAACUGUUCAGGUGGAGGGUGGUGAGGGCCACAGCACGGGGAGAGAAACUGUUCAGGUGGAGGGUGGUGAGGGCCACAGCACGGGGAGAGAAACUGUUCAGGUGGAGGCUGGUGAGGGCCACAGCACGGGGAGAGAAACUGUUCAGGUGGAGGCUGGUGAGGGCCACUGCACGGGGAGAGAAACUGUUCAGGUGGAGGCUGGUUUGUCAUGAUUAACCUGAUCCGUUUGCAAGAGGAGAGUCUUCAGGGCAUGCUAAAAAAUAUUUGCAUGUCGUACAGGAUACUGCUGAAGUCUUUGCAUAGUCAUCCGUUUAAAUCUAACAGCCUCAAGCAGAGCUCACUGCUCAGACUUUGUUGAAGUAGUCUAGCAGAGGGCUGAACCAGGGUCAGUCUUUAGAUAAGGUUUAUGUUGUUGCCGUUGGGGGUUUCACCAUAAGUAGAAAACGGUUGGUUUCUGGAAGGAGGAGUCAGUAGCCACACCUACAGCUUCGGGGUUCUAAUUUUUUACUCGGUGACAGAUCUGGUACACUCAACCCUCACACACUGUACAUCUUCAAGUUGCUCUGUCACGUCACGUCUUGCCUGGCUGUUGGAAUCUUAGAAGAUGGCUGUGAACAAAUGUAUCAAGUACCUCCUCUUUGGUUUCAACCUGCUGCUCUGGAUGAGUGGAUGCAUCAUCCUCGGGGUGUCCAUCUACCUCAAAGUGAACCCUGUGUUCGGGGGGUUGUUACCGGGACUGAACCUCCUGAUAGCCGUCGGCGCCAUCGUCACGGUCCUCGGCUUCCUGGGCUGCUUCGGAGCCAUCAGGGAAAGCCGCGUCAUGCUCAUGCUGUUCUUCGUCGGGCUGCUCCUCAUCUUCGUCCUCCUGGCGGUCGCUGGAAUCCUGGGAGCUGUCGGAGUGAAGAAGAUCGAGGCAUGGUUGGCGGAGAAGCUGCUACCGCUGAGGAACCAGUCGUCUUUGUUCCAGACGUUCAUGCAGAACCUGGAAGAGCGGGCAAAGUGUUGUGGACUGAUCCACGGACCUUCAGACUGGGGCUCGACGGUCCCCGCCUCCUGCGACUGCCAUGACACCACUCGGGAGUGUAAACUCGCAGAUGGACAGCGCAAAGUCUACUUGAGACCUUGUAUCAAGCUGGUGACGUCAGUCCUGGCGAAGGGUAUAUUCAUCACCAUGGGGAUUGCUUUUGGCAUCGCAGCCUUGAUGAUAUUUGGAAUGGCCUUCGCCAUGACCCUGUAUUGCCAGAUUGGGGAGACGUAUGCCACGUUAAGCUAGGUACAGCUGCACUAUACCACCUUAACCUAGGUCCAUCUACACUAUACCACCUUAACCUAGGUC